GUUUAGGUCAUUUCGCUCUGCCUCGGCUUCCGUACCAACGUGAAAGAUCUUGCGCAUGCGUACUAAAUCGUCGACGUGCUGCAAGUGUGGCACGAGCCGCUCUUAAGACUCUUACGCCGUUUUUCCUUUUUGUAAGACACUUUUAAACCAUCAUGAAAACAAGGUUCACCACGGCGGACAUCAGGGCCGCUAUCGCCGAGAUAAAUGCCAACUACAUUGGCAUGAGAGUGAACAACGUGUACGACAUAGACAACAAGACGUACCUCAUCCGGCUACAAAAGCCUGACAGCAAAGCCAUUCUGCUGCUUGAAUCCGGCCUUCGGAUUCACUCCACAGACUUCGAAUGGCCCAAGAAUAUGAUGCCUUCAGGCUUCGCCAUGAAAUGUCGAAAGCACCUGAAGACGCGGCGGCUGACGCAGGUGAAGCAGCUCGGCAUCGACAGAAUCGUUGACCUCCAGUUUGGCUCUGAGGAGGCCGCGUACCACCUCAUUGUAGAACUCUACGACCGGGGUAACAUCAUUCUGGCAGACCACGAGUACACCAUCCUCAACCUGCUUCGCUUUCGCAACGCCGAGGCUGAAGACGUCAAGAUCGCCGUGAGGGAGCGCUACCCCGUGGAGAGCGCCAGACCACCAGAACCUCUCAUCACGUUACAACGACUCACUGAAAUAAUCAGCAAAGCACCGAAGGGAGACCAAGUGAAAAGAGUGCUGAACCCUCACCUCACGUACGGAGCCACUCUCAUAGAACACUGUUUCAUAGAAGCCGGACUGUCGGGCUCAAUGAAAGUCGACAGUCAGGUAGAUGCUUCCCAAGUCGCACCCAAAAUCCUAGAAGCCCUGCAAAUGGCCGAGCUGUACAUGGAGAAAACGGAGAACUUUAGCGGCAAAGGCUUCAUCAUUCAAAAGAGCGAGAAGAAAGCGAGUUUAACGCCUGGGAAAGCCAGCGAGGAGCUACUCACAUAUGAUGAAUUCCAUCCAUUCCUCUUUGCCCAACAUUUAAAAAGUCCUCACUUGGAGUUUGAGUCCUUCAACAAGGCGGUGGAUGAGUUCUUCUCCAAGAUGGAGAGCCAGAAGAUCGACAUGAAGGCUUUGCAACAGGAGAAGCAGGCCCUAAAGAAGCUGGAGAACGUCAAGAGGGACCACAAGCAGAGGCUGGAGGCCUUGCAUCAAGUUCAGGAAGUGGACCGAGUGAAAGGCGAACUGGUGGAGAUGAACCUGGCCGUGGUGGAGAGGGCGCUGCAGGUGAUCCGCAGCGCGCUGGCCAACCAGGUUGACUGGACCGAGAUCGGCGUGCUGGUCAAGGAGGCGCAGGCCGCCGGCGACCCCGUGGCGUGCACCAUCAAGGACCUCAAGCUGCAGACCAACCACAUCAUCAUGCUUUUAAAGAAUCCUUAUAUCACUGAGGAGGAACAGGAGGAGGAGGUGGAAGCCUUGAAGGAAGCCAUGCCGGAGAAAGGCAAGAAAAACAAAAAUAAAGACAAAGGUCAGAACAAGAAGCUGCAGAGGAACAAACCCAUGCUGGUUGAUGUGGAUCUCAGCCUGUCGGCCUAUGCCAACGCCAAGAAGUACUAUGACUGCAAGCGCAGUGCUGAAAAGAAGGAACAAAAGACCGUUCAAGCAGCAGAUAAGGCGAUGAAGUCGGCAGAGAAAAAAACCCAGCAAACCCUAAAGGAGGUCCAGAUGGUGACCACCAUUCAGAAGGCCAGGAAGGUCUACUGGUUUGAGAAGUUCCUUUGGUUCAUCACGUCGGAGAACUAUCUCGUUAUCGCCGGGCGGGACCAGCAACAGAACGAGAUGAUCGUCAAGCGCUAUCUGCGGGCCGGGGACAUCUAUGUCCACGCUGACCUCCACGGCGCCACCAGUUGUGUCAUCAAAAACCCCUCAGGUAAUACCGUCCCCCCUCGCACGCUCACCGAGGCGGGCACCAUGUCGGUGUGCUACAGCGCCGCCUGGGACGCCAAGAUAGUCACCAGUGCUUGGUGGGUCCACCAUCAUCAGGUGUCCAAGACUGCGCCGACAGGAGAGUACCUGACCACUGGCAGCUUCAUGAUCAGAGGAAAGAAAAACUAUCUGCCGCCUUCCUACUUGAUUAUGGGCUUCGGCUUUCUCUUUAAGGUAGAUGAGCAGAGCGUGUUCCGGCACAGAGGCGAGCGCAAGGUGAAAACGGUGGAGGAGGACGUCGAGGAAAGGGCGUCCAGAACGGCCGAGUUGUUGGAGGAAGGGGAGGAGCUCAUCGGCGACGAUAGCGGCGCUGAGGAUGGAGCAGAAGAUGAGAAAGAGGAGGUUGAGCCAGGGGGCUGCUGCGGAAAUGAUCCAGUGGCGAUUCCGGACACGGACGGAACGCCGUUGGAGCGGAGCGACCCGGAGAGCGAAAAGGAAGACGACAGGAAGGAGGCCAAACGGGAAGCCAGCGAGGAAUUGAGCUACCCCGACACUACCAUCACACUCACUCACCUGCAGCCCAACAAGAGCUCCCAGAACUUCACUGUCAAAAAAGAAGAAGCCUCUCAGGCUGACGUCGACACGCAAGGGAGGAAGCACAUGACGGCUAAGCAGAGAAGAGACGAGAAGAAGAAGCAGAAACAGGAAGCGAGUGAACUGGAAAAGAAGACUGAGGUUGCGCCCGCCGAACAAGAAGUGGACCGCGGAUCCAAAAGUGGCUGCGUACCAUCCCAGCAGCCGCUGAAGAGAGGCCAGAAGAACAAGCUGAAGAAGAUCAAAGAGAAGUACAAGGACCAGGACGAAGAGGACCGCGAGCUCAUGAUGCAGCUGCUUGGGUCGGCCGGUGCGAGCAAGGAGGAGAAGGACAAGGGUAAGAAAGGCAAGAAGGGGAAGGGCAAAGAGGAGCCCCCUAGGAAGCCCCCACCUCAGAAGCCCCCUCCCAAAACUCCCCAGGAGGUGACCACCGCCAAGAAACCGCAGGAGACGGCCGUCGAGGGCGAGGAGGCGGCUUCUGCAGAGCAAGACGAUAAGGAGGACGACGUGGAUCCAGACAACCCCGGAGCAGAGGAAGCAGAGAACCUUCUGACGUCACUGACGGGCCAACCUCACGCCGAGGACGUGCUGAUGUUUGCGGUGCCCGUGUGCGCCCCCUACAGUGCGCUCUCCAACUGCAAGCACAAAGUUAAACUGACACCAGGCUCUCAAAAGAAAGGCAAAGCCGCCCGCACUGCACUUUUGAGCUUCAUGAAAGCCAAGGAGGCUUCUGUGAGAGAAAAGGACUUGCUACGCAGCGUCAAGGACGCCGACCUAUCCAGGAACAUGCCCGGCAAGGUCAAAGUGUCUGCCCCUAACCUACUGGCUGCCAAGAGAAAGUAAGACACUGACGUACGCAAAGGAAACACCAUCUACUUCUGGAUACUUUUACAUAUGAAGAUGGACUUUAAUGACCAAAAUUAUUCUUUGAACAACAAAAAAAAAGUGACAAACCCUUUUCUGUUGUACCAC